CUUCUCAAAGGUAGACUCACGAAUUCAGACUUGCAGUAGUUGCAGACUUCAAAAAAAUUCAGAUUUGCAGACUGACCAGCCCUGUGUUUAAGCAAUCUCACCCCUAGGCUAAGCUUGCUGUGUUUUUAUUUUCGUUGGCCACUUUUUCCUUCCUUUAACAUUCUCGCCCAAAACUCUAGAACUAGAUCAAGAAAUCCCUCGGCCCAAAAAAUCUGAUGAGUGAUGGACAAUGAUUCUCCUGAAUCCAGAUGGAUUAAACGCAUUGUGUAGUCUGUAGAUAAAGGCCAAGGAGAAGAGCUCCUCAAGGAACUUCAUAUUAUUCAAAUUACAACUCCAAGUAUUAAUGAGCGAGGGCAAGAUAUUGAUCACAAGAGAAUGGGCAUGCCUUCUUUCAAUGUCUCCAUCGUCCCUCUGCUCCUUUCCUUGCUCUGCUUGCUUGGCUUCACCGGUGAAGCAGCUGACCGCGCACACAUGUGUUUCAACCAAAUCACUUCCACCCCCAACAGCACCUACCGGAGUAACCUCAACCUGCUGCUCUCUUCCCUUUCCUCCAACGCCACGAAUGAAAGUGGGUUCUACAACACCACCGCCGGCCAAAACCCCGAGACCUCAAUUUAUGGCCUCUUCCUCUGCCGUGGUGACAUCGCCACCUAUGACUGCCAAGACUGCGUGGCAACCGCAACCAAAGAGAUUGUUGAGCGGUACUGCCCUUCAGAACAAGCGGCCGUGACAUGGUACGAUAAAUGCAUGUUACGCUACUCCAACGGGCCCUCGUUCUUCUCCACCAUGGACGAAGCGCAUAGAUUUCCUAUAGGGAACGGGUAUAAUGCAACAGACCCAGAUAGCUUCCGGCAGCUGGUGGCAACCAUAAUGAAUGAGCUGGUUGCUCGCGCCGCAAAUGUUCCGUCCGGUGCUAAAAAGUUUGCUACGAAAGAAGCCAUUUUCAAUAAAUCGCAAACGAUAUACAGCCUUGUCCAGUGCAUCCCUGACCUUUCCAGGUCUGGUUGCAAUAGUUGUCUUCAGGCACUCGUAGCAAACCUCGCGGUGUGUUGUGGUGGACAGCUUGGAGGCACAGUUAUGGAUCCUAGUUGUAAUCUCAGGUACGAAAUAUACCCGUUUUAUCAGAUAGAAGCCGUCGGGGAACCGGCUCCGACACCGGUGCUUUUUCCUCCUCCAGCUCCAGGUGAUCAAGGCACGAGACCAAAAGGAAAAAGCCUAAUCCCAUUGCUAGGAAUUGUAGCCAUCGUUGCUUUAAUUGCUGUCUCUCUGGCGCUAUUUGCUAUGAGCUACUACUUACUACGAAGGAGAGCAAGAAAGAAGUUAAAUUCUCUACUGGAUGAAAAUGCAGCCAAUGAAAUUACAAGUAUAGAGUCCUUGCAAUUUGAUUUGGCUACAGUCAAAGCUGCUACAAACCAGUUCUCAGAAGAUAACAAGGUGGGAAGUGGUGGAUUUGGUGAGGUUUACAAGGGUACACUUCCCAAUAGACAAGAAAUAGCUGUGAAAAGACUCUCAAGAAGCUCUGGACAAGGUGCAGAAGAAUUUAAGAAUGAGGUUGUCUUGAUAGCAAAGCUUCAACACCGAAAUCUUGUGAGACUCUUGGGAUUUUGCUUAGAAGGAGAGGAAAAGAUACUUAUAUACGAAUUUGUCCCCAACAAAAGCCUUGACUAUUUUCUAUUUGAUCUAGAGAAGCAAAUACUAUUGGAUUGGUCAAGACGAUACAAUAUUAUUAGAGGAAUUGCUCGAGGGAUCCUUUAUCUUCAUGAAGAUUCUCGACUUAGAAUUAUACAUCGUGAUCUUAAAGCCAGCAACAUUCUAUUAGAUGAGAACAUGAAUCCAAAAAUUUCUGAUUUUGGCAUGGCAAGGAUUUUUGGAGUUGAUCAAACUCAAGCAAACACCAAUAGAAUUGUUGGGACAUAUGGUUAUAUGUCUCCAGAAUAUGUAAUACACGGGCAAUUUUCUGUGAAGUCCGAUGUGUAUAGUAUUGGUGUCUUAAUACUAGAGAUUUUAAGUGGCAAGAAGAACGAUUCUUUCUGUACGUCAGAAACUAUUGACAACCUCUUGAGCCAGGCUUGGAGACAUUGGAGGCGUGGAACAUCCUUGGAGUUGUUGGACCCGAGUUUGAGAGAUUCUUAUUCAAGAAAUGAAGUUGACAGAUGCAUCCAUAUUGGCUUACUGUGUGUUCAGGAAAAUCCAGCAGAAAGACCAACAAUGGCGUCAAUAGUUGUCAUGCUAAGCAGUUACUCUGUUACUCUAUCAUCGCCUCAACGGCCAGGGUUUUUCCUUCAUAGUAGAACAGAGUCAAAUGCGCCAACAAAUGGACUGGAGGCAGAUCAAUCUACAAGCAAUUCAGAGCCAUUGUCCGAAGCAUCAAUUACACACCCUCGGUAGUAUACUUGAACAAUGUGUUACCCAGUAUAAGUUUAUGUUAUUGGAACCUCAUCAAUCUACAAUCCAAUCAAUUGCA